AUGGCGCACAGCACAGAGCGCUCAGUUUCAGGCCACGGCCACAGCCACGGCCACGACUACGACCACGGCUCCUACUAUCGAAGAUCGCAUACCCGUUCCAUGUCCCCUCCACGACGCUCCGACGACGACGUCUACGACGAGUACGACCGACGAGAUCGCGCGCGACGACAUCGAGAUCGAGAGAGACAUCAUCAUCAUCGACAUUCACGAUCACGAUCGCGUUCGCGUUCGCGCUCACCCUACGACAGACACGACUCGAAAAGAAGACAUCAUCAUCACCACCAUCACCACCACCACUGCCAUGAUGAUGAUGAUCGGGAGCGGCGGCGACGACGACACUCGCGCUCGGACACGUCACCUGCCACGUCGGGGGCUGCCGUGAGUCUGCCGUAUGGAGCGCGGCAGCUCUCAAAGCGGGAUCUGCCGCUGUUGAAGCCCAUGUUUGCAAUGUACCUUGAUAUCCAGAAGGGGUUGGUCCUGGAGGAUCUAGAUGAGGAGGAGGUCAAGGGGCGGUGGAAGAGCUUUGUGAAGCGAUGGAACCGUGGAGAACUCGCGGAAGGCUGGUAUGAUCCCAGCACCUUCGAGAAAGCAAAGAGCGGUUUCCAGUCUUACCGCGCUUCUUCUUCGGGAUCAACUGGCCGCAGACGCCGCGAGUCACCGUCACCGGACUAUGAUGAAACAACGGGCCGCCAUGAUGGCAGCCGAUCUUCGCGAUCACGAUCAUACACGGAACCUGGAAUGCGCUCGCGCUCGCCGGCAGCAGAAGAAUCCGAGGAGGAAAGGGCAAGGGCAAGGAUAAGGGAAGAAGAACAGCAGAAGAGGGAGGAGAAGGAGGAGGUGGAGAACGAAGACGACGAGGACUUAUACGGCCCACAGCUUCCCAGUCAACUUGGGAGUCAACUAGGUUCAAGUAGUAGAAGUCAACCGGGUCAACGGUCCGGCCCAACGAUACCAACAGUGCAGGAUUUACAACUCCAACGAGAAUCCGCCCUUGCCGACGAACUCGCUGCCCGAGAAGGGGCACAGAAACAGCGUCGCGCCGAGAUCAAAGCGCACAAGGCCGAGAUGCGCGCCAUGGAAGACGAGCUUGCGCCUCGCGCUGAACCGGGCACGCGCGAGCGACGCCUGGAAAAGCGCCGCGAGGCCGCGGCCGCCAACCGCGAAUUCGCCGAGUCCCGACGUGGCGGCUCGCCGACGGAGGCGAUCCCCGAUGCCGACUUGAUGGGUGGAGAGGAUGACCUCGAGGCGUUGAAGAAGGCGCGUGAGCGGGAGAAACGAAAGAAGAACGAGCGCGAGAUCCGGAGAGAGGAAAUGCUCCGCGCGCGUGCGGCCGAGCGCGAGCAACGGCUGAAGAAGUAUCGCGAGAAGGAGGAGGAGACCAUGACCUGGCUCAAGGCUCUGGCGAAACAGAGAUUUGGGUGA